AUGGGAAACCUGGCGUCAGCACGGGUUAUUGACUUGUCCGACAAUCGCCUCUCAGGUUCCCUCCCACCGACACUUAGCCAGCUGCAGGUGCUCCGCUCGCUAAGUGUCAGUGGGAAUAACCUCUCCUCCACCCUCCCAGCAGAGCUCAGCGCCCUCUCCCUUCUCACCUCUCUCGACGUGAGCAGGAACGAUUUCUCCGGCCCGAUUCCCCCCCAACUAGCCCCUCCGUUCCUCCCCCGCCUCCUCUCCUUAAACCUCUCUCAUAACCACUUUUUCGGUGCUAUCCCCUAUGGUUUCUCCACCACCAAUACCUCUGCCACAGCCCUAGAUUUCUCCUACAACGAUCUUAUGGGUUUAAUCCCCUUUAACACCACCGGCACUGCCGACACCAGCCCCACUGGCACUUUUCUCUCUGCAUCCGCGUUACAAGGCAACCCAGGACUCUGCGGGGGGUUCGGGUACCUCCCCUGCCCGACGCCACCCUACGAGAGCACAGGGGGGGUCUCGCCAGGAGCGAUUGCAGGGAUCGCGGUGGGCUGUGCGGCGUUUGUCACGGCGCUGCUGGUGCUGCUGGUGCUGCUGUGGCUGUGGCUGUUUGCGCGGCGCAGAGGGCCGAGUCUGGACGGGGGGACAAUGCUGGUGUUUGAGAAGCUGGGCUUUAAGCUCACGGUGACCGAUGUGGUGGAUGCCACUGAAGACUUCAGCAACAAGUUCUUGCUGGGACGAGGAGGCUUUGGCUCUGUUUACAGUGGGGCGAUGCUGGUGUUUGAGAAGCUGGGAUUUAAGCUGACGGUGGCAGAUGUGGUGGGUGCCACUGAAGACUUUAGCAACAAGUUCCUGCUGGGACGAGGCGGCUUUGGCUCUGUCUACAGGGCCACUCUGCAAGAUGGAAGAGCCACACUGCAGGACGGCAGGGCAGUGGCCAUAAAGCGCCUGGCGUUGGGCAGCAGUCAGGGGCAACAGGAGUUUGAAGCCGAAAGGAACACCCUCGGCAACGACGGUAGGGAAGUGGCCAUAAAGCGCCUGGCACUGGGAAGCAGCCAGGGGCAGCGGGAGUUUGAAUCCGAAAUGAACACCCUCGGCAACGUGCGCCACCGCAACUUAGUCGUCCUAGUCGCCGCAUACCUCUCCCCGCCGCCCGCCCAAGAGCGCCUCUUAAUCUACGACCUCCUUCCGGGCGGCUCACUAGACCAUGUCCAUGUCUUAGCGCGCGAAAUGGGCAAAGACUCGCCGAUGCGACGCUGGGCUGUAAGGAGGAACAUCUUAGAGGGUACAGCGCGAGCCCUCAAAUACCUGCACCAGGAUUGCACCCCAGGGAUCAUCCAUAGAGAUAUGAAGCCCGCGAAUAUUCUCCUAGACGAGAAUUUGGAGGCGAAAGUGGCUGAUUUUGGGCUGGCAAGGGAGGCGGAUGCGAGCAGGACUCAUAUGAGCACGAGCGUGUUUGGGACGGUGGGGUAUUUGUCUCCGGAGUAUUCGCAGCGGGGGCGGCUGUCGUUUAAGAGCGAUGUGUUUGCGUUCGGAGUGCUGGUGCUGCAGGUUAUUACUGGGAAGCUUCCGACGGACAGUGACGUGGCGGAACGAGGGCUCGCCAGGUGGGUGGGGAUGCACACUGUAGCCUCCUUCGUGGACGACAGGAUAGACGACGCGUUGCUGUACGAGGAUGAGAUCAUGGGCGUCGUCACUCUCGCCCUGCAGUGCACCCAGACCGUCCCCGCCGACCGCCCCUCCAUGCCUGAGGCCCUCGAGGUGUUGGAGAAUCUGCACGACUUUGCCAAGGGGAUCCGCAUGGGGAUAGAUGCCAAGGAGAUGCCGUAUGUCCCUGAAGCCCUCGAGGUGUUGGAGAAUCUGCACGACUUUGCCAAGGGGACCCGCAUGGGGAAAGACGCCAAGGAGGUGGAUUGA